AUUCGUUUAUCUCUAACAAGUAUGGGGGACCUCUCUUCCUCUUCUUACCCCCACACUUCCUUUCUUCCUUCAACUUCCCUUCUUUUCCUCUUCUCCUUUAGUUUAUUCUCCCUUUUAAAAAAAAAGAAAAAGAAAAAAAAGAGAGCACCCAUUUCAAAUAACAAGCAAAAAAACAAGGUUUCUUAUCCUUCCCACUCCAAUUCCAAGCAAAUAACUUAUAUUUGAGUAUUUCUUACUAAUUCACACUACUUUUUUUUUCUACGAUUUUUUAGAUAUAUGGAUGAUGAAAUGUAUGGUUUCCAUUCAACCAGUGAUUAUGCGGACAAAGCGUUGAUGUCACCAGAGAAUUUGAUGAUGCAAGCUGAGUACAACAAUUUCCACAACUACAACAACACUUUGACAACUCCUAUGUUUGGAUCCGAUGAUAUUCAAUUAUCAUCUAAUUCUUUCAGUACUACUCCUCUAAAUAAUAAUAAUAAUAUUCAUCAAAUUAGAGCUAGCAACUGUGGAGGGGGCAGCAGUAGACACGAUGAUAACAAUAAUGAAGAUUAUGAUGAAGAUGGUUCAAAUAUUAUCAAGGCUAAAAUCGUCUCUCAUCCUUAUUAUCCUAAAUUACUCGAUGCUUAUAUUGAUUGCCAAAAGGUUGGAGCACCACCGGAGAUAGCAAAGCUUCUGGAAGAAAUAAGGCAACAAAAUGACUUUCGUAAACCAAACGCUACUUCCAUAUGUAUAGGAGCUGAUCCUGAACUCGAUGAGUUUAUGGAAACGUACUGUGAUAUAUUGGUGAAGUAUAAGUCCGAUCUGUCUAGGCCUUUCGAUGAAGCAACAACGUUCCUCGGUAAGAUUGAACUGCAACUCAGCAAUCUUUGCAAAGAUGAUGGUGGUGUAUCAUCAGAUGAGGAGUUUAGUUGUGGGGAGGCAGAAGGACAAGAUGCAUCAAUGAGAGGUGAGGAUAAUGAACUUAAGGACAGACUGCUACGUAAGUUUGGGAGUCACUUAAGUACUCUUAAAUUGGAAUUUUCAAAGAAAAAGAAGAAAGGGAAGCUGCCAAAAGAGGCAAGGCAAAUGUUACUUGCAUGGUGGAAUGAUCACUAUAGAUGGCCUUACCCUACGGAAGCUGAUAAAAAUUCACUAGCAGAAUCAACGGGACUAGAUCCGAAGCAGAUCAACAAUUGGUUCAUAAAUCAAAGGAAGCGACAUUGGAAACCAUCAGAGAAUAUGCAGCUAGCUGUUAUGGAUAAUAUUAGUGGCCAAUUCUUCUCAGAUGAUUGAGUUGCAAUUGUAAACCCUGGCCUGAUUUCUCUUUUCAUUAUAUAUAUAUUUUUGGAAAACAAGAGAAAGAAAGAAGUUACUUUGCUAAUACUUGAUUAAUCCAGUCUAUAAAUAAUGGUAGAGAUUAUUAAUUAAUGUUGAAUUCACCUUCAUGUAAAUAUUCAAGCUAACUGCCAAAAUGCUUAACCCCAAUGUCACAAAAA